CGUCAUGUGUCGGUCCCUCCCUCUUCCCUUCUGUCCGUCGGCUAGGCAGCUGCAGAACUCAACGUCCCCGGAACAAAACACAAGAAAACAACCAUGUCUGAGAAACUUAACUUCAAAGUCGCUGACAUCAGCCUGGCCGAAUGGGGACGCAAGGCCAUCGAUAUCGCUGAGAACGAGAUGCCCGGUCUGAUGAAGAUGAGGGAGAUGUAUGGUCAGUCUAAGCCCCUGAAGGGCGCCCGUAUCGCCGGCUGCCUCCACAUGACCCUGCAGACCGCCGUGCUCAUCGAGAUCACCGCCCUCGGAGCUGAGGUUCAGUGGUCCAGCUGCAACAUCUUCUCCACUCAGGACCACGCUGCUGCCGCCAUCGCCAAGUCUGGUGUUCCAGUGUAUGCAUGGAAAGGUGAGACUGAUGAGGAGUACGUGUGGUGCAUCGAGCAGACUCUGUACUUCAAAGACAAACAGCCCCUCAACAUGAUCCUGGACGACGGAGGAGACCUCACCAACCUGGUCCACCAGAAGUACCCCAAACUGCUGGCAGGUAUCCGUGGAGUGUCAGAGGAGACCACCACAGGCGUCCACAACCUGUACAAGAUGUUUAAGAAAGGCGAGCUGAAAAUGCCUGCCAUCAACGUCAACGACUCCGUCACAAAGAGCAAGUUCGACAACCUGUACGGCUGCAGGGAGAGUCUGAUUGACGGCAUCAAGCGAGCCACCGACGUGAUGAUCGCCGGUAAAGUCGCCGUGGUUGCUGGAUACGGUGAUGUGGGCAAAGGCUGCGUUCAGGCUCUGCGUGGGUUCGGAGCUCGCGUCAUCGUCACAGAGAUCGACCCCAUCAACGCCCUGCAGGCCGCCAUGGAGGGUUAUGAGGUCACAACCAUGGACGAGGCUUCCAAGGAAGGAAACAUCUUCGUCACCACCACCGGUUGCGAGGACAUCAUCCUGGGACAUCACUUUGAGAACAUGAAGGACGACGCCAUCGUCUGUAACAUCGGACACUUUGACUGUGAAAUCGACAUGAACUGGCUGACCAAGAAUGCCGCCGAAAAAAUCAACAUCAAACCUCAGGUCGAUCGCUUUUUGUUGAAGAACGGUCGUCACAUCAUCGUCCUGGCUGAAGGCAGACUGGUGAACCUCGGCUGUGCCAUGGGACAUCCCUCCUUCGUCAUGAGCAACUCCUUCACCAACCAGGUUCUGGCUCAGAUCGAGUUGUGGAAAAACACAGAAAAAUACCCCAUCGGAGUCCACUUCCUGCCCAAGAAGUUGGAUGAGCAGGUAGCAGCCGCUCACCUGGAGAAACUCGGGGUGAAGCUCACCAAACUGUCAGACAAGCAGGCCAAGUAUCUGGGUCUGCCCACCGAAGGGCCCUUCAAACCGGACCACUAUCGCUACUGAGCGCCCCCGCCCACCUGAGGAAGAGGAAGAGGAGGAGGAGGAGGAGAAGAAGAGAGAAGGUGUGGAUCAGAGGGUGUUGGUGUUUUGGGGAGUUUAGCUUGCUUUGUUACCAAAUGUUGUAAUUUCAGGGAUACAGAGAAAUGAUUGUGGACUUUUUACAAGCUUUCUGUGGAGAAGAUUCUAAAAACGUGUUUUACAAAUUAAAAUCCGACACCUUGUUCUGCUUAACUAACCUGAGAUCAAACAGAAAUCUGCCACACAGCUGGAGCAGGCCAUAAAAACCACUUCUGACCCAUAGCUUCCGUUUUAUAGCAGCUUUUUUUUUUUUUGGGGUGUUGUGGAUUUUCAGGAAGCUGCAAAAGAGUUGUUAAAGGUUCAGAAACAAACUUCUGUGUAUUAUCCAACCCUGAAGCUCCUCGUAGGUCAAGUCGCAUCCCUCCAACAUCAAUAUCUUCAGUUCACCACCUUCUCUCCUCUUUCUUUCUCGUCCUCUGGAACACCAUCAAGUGCUACCGCGGCUGUAUUUUUUUAAAAAGAGAGUUUCUCUUGUCGUCUGUCAUUCCCUCUGCAGUUUAUGGAAUCAAAUAAAACCCUCAUGAUGUUUUUCUAUCUCUGAGCUCAUCUAUCGCGAAUGAAUCAGUACGUCGAUGAAUCGAGGCCAACGGUUAAGUGUUGAGCAGCCUUAUUCCAGUGUCUCCGUUAGCACUUAAACUAAACUGUACUUGAACUGUGCGAGAAAACGCUCAACGCGCUGCCAAAAAGAAACCAAAGCACAUCAUGUUUCUGCCUGAAUUACAAAAAGUCUUACCCUUUCUGUUGAAGCAUUUUCUUUCUUUUUUUUUCUGUGAUUAUUUCAUUUGACUUAAAAGGGCCAAAAUAUGUGCAACGCCCCAUUUCUCUCUCUCUCCCCCCCCCCCCCAUCUACCCCCCAAAAGUUCCUUUAACCUCUCCCUGCAGCCAAUCAGGGCGCAGUACGAGAGGUGGAGACGGUUCUCGACGGUUUCAGAGUUCAGCUGUUUGUGAAACGAUGGAUAAAUGUUGAAACUGACAAAAAUAAAAUAAUGAAAAACA